UACCCAGUAAACAAAAAAAAAACAAUGGCACCCAAGAUCAAGACCGGACCCGUCGUGGACAUCCUCGGCGAUGAGAUGACCCGCAUCAUCUGGGACUCGAUCAAGGAGAAGCUGAUCAUGCCCUUCCUGGACAUCGAACUGCACACGUACGAUCUGGGCAUGGAGCACCGGGACAAGACGGACGAUCAGGUCACGGUCGACUGUGCCGAGGCGAUCAAGAAGUACAACGUCGGCAUCAAGUGCGCCACCAUCACUCCGGACGAGGCCCGCGUCAAGGAGUUCGGCCUGAAGCAGAUGUGGCGUUCCCCGAACGGUACCAUCCGUAACAUCCUGGGCGGAACGGUGUUCCGUGAGGCCAUCAUCUGCAAUAAUAUCCCCCGCCUCGUGCCCGGAUGGGAGAAACCAAUCGUGAUCGGUCGUCAUGCUCACGGUGAUCAGUACAAGGCCACGGACUUUGUCGUCCCGGAAUCUGGUACUCUAGAGAUCAAGUUCACUCCUAGUCUCGGAGGAGAACCAAUCAGCUAUGUUGUGAACCAGUUCAAGGGACCGGGAGUCGCCAUGGCCAUGUACAACCUGGACCAUUCAAUCGAAGAUUUUGCUCACUCUUCGUUCAAGGUCGCCAUGGACCGCAAAUUCCCACUCUACCUCAGUACCAAGAACACCAUCCUAAAGAAGUACGAUGGCCGUUUCAAGGACAUUUUCCAGGAAAUCUACGAAAAGGACUACAAGACGCAGUUCGAAGCCGCUGGAAUCUGGUACGAGCACCGUCUGAUCGACGACAUGGUUGCCUACUGCAUGAAGGCCGAAGGAGGUUACGUGUGGGCUUGCAAGAAUUAUGACGGAGAUGUCCAGUCGGAUACCGUUGCCCAAGGUUUCGGAUCGCUGGGUCUCAUGACGUCGGUUCUGGUCUGCCCGGAUGGUAAGACCGUAGAAGCUGAAGCCGCCCACGGAACCGUAACCCGCCACUACCGUCAGUAUCAGCAGGGUAAGGAAACCUCGACCAACCCGAUUGCGUCGAUCUUUGCCUGGACUCGUGGUCUGUUGCACCGCGCCAAGCUGGACAACAAUGACGAACUGAAGAAGUUCGCCGAAACGCUCGAGAAGGUCUGCAUCGACACGAUCGAGUCUGGAUUCAUGACCAAGGAUUUGGCUAUCUGUAUCAAGGGUAUGGCCAAUGUGAAACGUGCCGAUUACUUGGAAACGUUCGAGUUCAUGGACAAAUUGGGUGAGAACCUGAAAGCUGCACUGGCCUAAGAUCCACCACUUUUGGUAGGGAUGAUGCAUGCAUGCGGGCAUUUAACGCUAUACUUUAGGAUAAGCGGGACUGCGGAACUCUUAGAGAAAGCUAUUGCUCGGCGUAUUUCUUUGUGUUGGUUCAUUGCAAUAUAUUGCGAAAAUUUUUGUAAGUUUUUUUUUUUGAAAAUAAACUUCACCUUAUGACACUAAGAA